CACUGAGAAGUUCAGAGCCAGCCCUUCCAAUUCCAGACUGUGUGUCUCCCUCUCUCGGCUCAGCAUACAGGGAGAACUGGAACCUUCAAACUUUUACCAUUACAGGGUCUUUUUUCACUUCUCUGUUUUUUCUUAACAUUCUUAUGGUGCGUGUAUACUGCAUGAUCGACGCUAAGGAAACAUGAAGCUCAAAGCAAUUGCUCUAACUUUUUUACAACUCUGUUUAACAUGGACAGGAUCGCAAUCGCAGACGCCAACUAAAGCUCUGUACUAUAAAGACUGCCCUGUGGAUCUGUUUUUUGUCCUGGACACCUCGGAGAGUGUGGCUCUGCGGGUGAAACCUUUUGGCUCCUACGUGGACGAGGUGAAGGACUUCACUGUCUCGUUCAUUGAGCAGCUUAAAGCCAGCUAUUACCGCUGCGAUCGCAGUCUGAAGUGGAAUGCAGGCGCCUUGCACUACAGUGAUGAAGUCAAGAUGAUCAAAGAGCUGAGCUCACUGCCGGACCAGAAAGCAGACCUGAACAAGAGAGUGAGAGAUGUGCAGUACAUUGGCAAGGGCACCUACACCGACUGCGCCAUCAAGAGGGGCACAGAGGAACUGCUGAUCGGUGGUUCCCAUCGCCGGGAGAACAAGUACAUGAUCGUAGUAACUGACGGGUACCCUCUGGAGGGUUACAAAGAGCCCUGUGGAGGCCUGGAAGAUGCUGCCAAUGAAGCCAAACACCACGGCAUCAAGGUCUUCGCUGUCGCCAUCUCUCCCAGUCACUUGGAAACCAGGCUGAAUGUAAUUGCAACUGACAACAGCUACAGACAGAAUUUCACUGCGACUGGGAAUAUCCAGCAACAGAAAGCUGACACCAUCCGCAACAUUAUCGACAUCAUCGUCAAAGAAUCAGAGCAAGUGCCACCAAGAGGUCCAGCAGGAGAAGAUGGGACAUUAGGAUUUGAGGGUGAAUCAGGAAGACCGGGCCUUCCCGGGGGGAAGGGAGAAGCAGGAGACCCUGGAAGACUGGGUGACAUUGGACCUAUUGGUUACCAAGGCAUGAAGGGUGACAAAGGAGCAAGAGGUGAAAAGGGGGAUAGAGGCAACAAAGGUUACAAGGGUGAAAAGGGACAGCACGGAAUUGAUGGAAUCGAUGGUAAAAAGGGUGAACCUGGGUUUCCUGGACUUUCUGGCUGCAAAGGAUCCCCAGGACUUGAUGGUUUGCCGGGAGUUUCAGGACCCAAGGGAGACCCUGGGCCCUAUGGUAUCAAAGGAAGCAGGGGUGAGAAAGGGCGUGAUGGAGAAAGAGGAAGGCCAGGAAACAGCGGCAAACUCGGAGUCAAGGGGAUGCCGGGGGAGAGAGGAGUGAACGGAGACAAAGGAGAAAGAGGUGAUGAGGGUGAGCCAGGCCCAGAUGGACCCAGAGGUGAAAAGGGCAGUCUAGGAGAAAGAGGAGCACCGGGAACACCAGGAGCAAGAGGGCCUCGAGGAGACUUGGGCGAGCCCGGACCACCAGGGGAACCUGGACGAGAAGGGUCCAUCGGACUGAAUGGAGAUCCGGGUGAAGCUGGACCUCCAGGAUCAAAAGGGUACAAGGGAGAUGAAGGACCUCCUGGACCCGAGGGGGUUAAAGGACCAAAAGGAAUGAAAGGGAUGCCUGGAGAUCCUGGUCUGAUGGGUGAGAGGGGGGAAGAUGGGGCUCCAGGAAACGGAACUGAAGGAUUCCCCGGCUUCCAAGGUUACCCAGGUGCAAGAGGCGAUCCAGGCACUAAUGGCACCAAAGGAUACCCAGGACCAAAGGGAGAUGAUGGGGAGCCUGGGGACCCCGGUGCUGACAAUGAUGUUUCUGGGCCUCCUGGACCAAAGGGUGCCAAGGGACACAGAGGGAGGGAAGGACCUGGCGGACCAGUUGGACCUCCAGGACCGCCAGGCGCUGAUGAGUGUGAAAUCUUGGAUAUAAUCAUGCGGAUGUGUUCAUGCUGUGAAUGUAAGUGUGGUCCCCUGGACCUCAUGUUUGUACUGGACAGUUCAGAGAGUAUCGGCAUGCAGAACUUUCAGCUGUCCAAAGACUUCAUAAUCAAAGUGAUUGACCGACUAAGCAGAGACGAGCGAGUCAAGUUUGAUGAAAAUGAGUCCCGUGUCGGAGUGGUUCAGUACAGCCACAAGCAGACAGAGGAACUUGUUGCCAUGGGUAGCGCAGACAUCAAGUCCAUCCAAGAUUUGAAAGAGGCUGUGAAGAAUCUGAAGUGGAUUGCUGGGGGAACCUUCACUGGGUCAGCACUUGGCUUCUCCAGGACCAAUCUUCUGGAUCGGUUCAGGCUGGAGAAUCGAUUCGCCCUGGUUCUGACAGACGGACGCUCAGACACAUUGCGGGACCCCACCCCUUUGAAUGAGUUGUGUGCGGUCAACACCCAGGUGGUUGCCGUUGGUGUUGGGGACAUUUUCAAGAAGCAACCCAACACGGAGCAGCUUGGAGAGAUCGUUUGCUCGAGUGGGAUCAUCCUACGUAGGGACAACUACGCAGAGCUGCUGGAGGACUCCUUCCUGCAGAACUUAACAGCACACCUCUGCCAAGAAAAGAAGUGUCCAGACUACACGUGUCCAAUCUCCUUCACGUCUUCAGCUGACAUCACCAUCCUGAUGGACAGCUCUACCAGCGUCGGACACCACAACUUCGAAACCAAGAAGCAGUUUGUGAAGCGGCUGGCCGAGCGCUUCCUCAUGGCAAAGAAGCCCUCCCAGGCGACGGUGCGUGUGUCGGUGGUGCAGUACAGUGGCAGCCAGCAGCAGAGUGUGGAGGUGCCCUUCUCCCAGAACUACACAGAGCUGGCCUCUGGGAUUGAACAGAUCCAGUUCCUCAACGAUGCCACGGAUGUGACAGCAGCGCUGGACUACGUGAUCUCGCAGUACCGGGGUGCUAGGGCCAACACCAAUAAGAAGGUCCUGAUCUUCUCUGACGGGCGCUCGCAGGGCAUCUCCGAUGAGGUGAUCCAGAAGAGCGUGGCAGAGGCUAGGGCGGCAGGCAUCGAGAUCUACGUGCUAGCCGUGGGCAGCCAGGUGAACGAGGCCAACCUGCGUCUUUUGGUCUCAGAUAGGAAGGGCGUCUACAAUGUGGCCUACGGGGCGCGCCACCUGUUUAGAGUGUCCGACUACCACUCUCUGUUGAGAGGGGUCUUCUAUCAAACAGUAUCCAGAAAAAUCUCUUUGAUCAGCUGAGAUGGGACGGGGGGAGGUAGGUAGAGAGGCUACAGGAUUUUUAACAGAUAUGCAUUUUUAACCCAUGUUCAGUUUAGAUGGAGUAACUAGAAUCCGUAGGUUUUUUUUAUUUUAUUUUUUUCGCUAAAUAAUGUUCAUAUUACUGCAGGCUUGCCAUCUAGGGACUUAAUGCAUCCUUUCAGAAACUGAAAGUACCUGUGUUAGUAAACCCUUUCAGAUAAACUCGCCAUCAGUGCUGGUGAAAGUGGGUGCCUCCUCUAAUGUGUUUUCAGCUUCUAGCUACUUUUGGCAAGGGACAAGAACCAAGACCAGACUCUGGAUUCCAUUAAAAUGUUGUGCCGUCACAUGUUCUGUGCAGCAGUGAUGCACAGCAUUACCAUAGCAGGGGAGGCACUGUGAUUUUGAUACAAUUCAGGCCUCAGUAUAUGAACUCUGUAUUCCUAGCUCCAAUACACACACACUUCCUGCCUGCCCAGGACAUAGAGACAUGUACACUUUUGCAUAUUCAAAAAAAACAUGUAUUCACAUAGCUUAGUACACUGUAUAGAGAUACAUCUUUUGUCUACCAACCCUUUAGAUCUGUAAUGCUCCAGAGACAAACUGGCCAUUGCGUUACAAUGUUUUUUCUUUUUCUGCUGGUUUUUUGUUUUUUGUUUUUUAUGGUCUGAUGUUUUGAAUAAAAUGUUUUGUUAAAAACAAGUCAAAGUCCAGUUCCACUUGUAAUCCCCCUUGUUGAGGUUCACAGUCUUUUAAAUGCAAAUAUAAAAACAAGAAGAAAAAAACUUGGAAUAGAGUGAAUUUUCAAAGUGAAAUUAGAUAAACGACACUGGUGGACAAAUGCGCCUUUUCAAUGUCAGACUGAAAAUCCUUCAAUCUAGAUAAAAGAAAACUACAUCCUAAAACAGUUUAUUAAAUAUCAAACUUAAUCCACCUGUAGGGCACUAGAGAAUCUUACAUCACUAGAGAAAUCGUCCUGGAUUAUAUCAACAACCUACUGCAUUUUAGGGGUAAUCCUGGGUAACCAUGGAUAGGUGAUUGAUGCAAUCCAGUGGUGUAAAAUGCUCUAGUGCUUUAGCCUAUCCCCUAGGUAUAGGUUGAUCAAAUCGACCAGUAAGAUAACAAAUCACUGGUUGAAGUUUCAGUGUAGGAAGACCCUUUCUUAAGUGCUAUGUCUUUUUAACAAUACAUGAUUUACAAUACAGUGUAUUUUAGUCUGUUUUUUUUAUUCAUUAAAUAUAAAUUUGCUGCAUGAAACGGUUCUGGAUUAUUGUCAAACAAACUAACAACAGUCCAUCCUUUCUGAAGCGUUGCCUGUAUGUUUCUGUAAUUUGUCUUGUGUGAAGACACUUACCUUGCAUGUUACUGUUUAACUACAGGUUCAGUUACACAGAAAAAAAUGAAUACCCUUGAAGAUUGUCGGACAUAUCAAGUGUAAAUACAUCAUUGGUGCUAUUAGUAAAUUAGUAAAUUGACUUGUGUUUACUUAUUGUAUUAGCUUUAAAUAAUUAAUAGAGUUUUUUAAAAAAAAAAAUUAAAAAUAUGCAUUCCAUCUGCCUUGUAACCAUUGCCAUUUGCAUCUCCUUUCUCAUUUUUUAAAGAUUAAAGUCCACAAACCAAUCAAAUAAAAGUCGUUUCACUAAA